AUGUACAACCAUGUUCCUAAAACAAUAGAAGGGUUAAGCUUUUGUCGCGAGCCAGCCUUUAGUAUCGAAACUUACAUCACUGAGCCUAGUAUGAGAAGCUUACUAGAAGGGAGAGAUGGCUGAGAGCCACGAGAAAGAACCCCAAGCUUUCCCAGAAAUUGAGAAGAGCAGGUGGCAAACCAAAGAGAGGAAGAAAUAGUGCCCAAAAUAGUAGAAGGAGUACUCCAAGCAUUAGAUAAGAGGGAGAAGGAAAAUCCACCUCUUGGUCCAAUUAUUGACAUGUUCUCAGGUGGUAUAGUCAAAAUAGUGACAAAAGAUAUUGAAACCUUAGAAACUAAGGUAGAAAAAAAUGUCAAAGAGUACAUGAAAGAUUUCUGUAAGACAGUUACUAAUAAGUUGAAAUGUGUUUGUCAGAAUUUAAAAGAGAGACUUGAGAAGCCGAAGGAUAAACCAAAUCCUAAUAUUAAGAGAGGAGACUCAAAGAUAGAUAACUUCUUUCCAACGACAGUUCAGAAUGACAAAACUAGUCUAACUCCAAUUAACAAUUUAACUGAAGAUUUGAUUAAAAAGACUACUGAACAAAUCCCUGAAAAGAUCACUGAAGAGAUCACUGAAGCGAUCACUGAAGCGAUCCCUAAAGAGAUCAUUAAAGAUAUUCCUAAAAAGGUCACUAAAGAAGAGAUCAAAGAUCAGCCAAAAUCUGCAAGUCAGACUUCAAGGAUAGAAGAUGAUGCGGGUAAAGCAACUAAGGGAGUUACUCCUACUAAAUCAAUGGUAUACACCAGUGCUGAAGAGAACUUCAAGAAUACAGCAGCUACACCAAAGCCAAGGGGCAGGAAGAGAAAGAAGCGCUCUCCUAAAUCAAAAAAGCAGCCUAAGGCUAAGCGCAAGAGGGCUAAAUAA